UUCAUGUUUUUAUAGCAACUCCACACAUAACAUUGGUAAAAAUUUGUUCUACUAUCUGUUUGUUAUUAACUUAGUCAAUAUAUCAUCAAUAGGACAACCUCAAGGAUAAGAUAAAUUAUUAAAGGACUAUAAACUUAAUUGAAAUACCACAGUUUGUCAUGACUCAAAGCGCUUCACCUACAGUACAAAAACUUUGCAAAUUCAGCCCCCCAGAUAUGCUUUAAUUUGUCUUUUUAUAGCCCUCUCAAACUGCCAAAAAAGCAGGCAGAUAUGCAACUUUUAUCAAGCCCUUUAAAUGUUAUAUAUCUAUAUAUAUAAUCAAUGCUCCAACUUCUUAAGGCACAAAACUUCCAUUAUCAUCCAUUCAAAAGUUAUAGCUGCUUAGAAAGAAGCAUGGAAGCAUACUUACCAUAUGUUCUUCCUCUUGUACUUCUUCCUGUCUCGCUCUAUGUUAUCUCAUGUAUACGCCGAAAGGAUUCUACCAAGUUAACAAAUGCACCUCCUGGCUCGAAAGGUUGGCCAAUGCUGGGGGAAAAUAUGGAGUUUGCUCUGUUAGGCCCUCAAAAAUUUGUGAAGGAUAGGAUGGACAAGUACUCACCUGAGGUAUUCCAAACCUCCUUGCUUGGAGAGAAAAUGGCAAUAUUCUGCGGAGCACAAGGGAACAAGUUUCUUUUCAUGAAUGAGAAUAAACUGCUCACUUCAUGGUGGCCACAGUCGAUGAAGAAGGCCUUGCUGUUUCCUGAAUUUGUGGAAAGUAACCUGAAGGAAGUAUCAGCACUGAAACGUAGCUUUCACCAUGAUAUUCUCAAGCCUGAAGCAUUGAAACAGUACAUACCUGUGAUGGAUGCUCUGGCUCGCGAGCAUUUAGAUCACGACUGGACGCCUAAUUCAGUUGUCAAAGUUGUCCCCUUGUCCAAGAAGUAUACCUUUGAGCUGGCAUGUAGAUUGUUUCUGAGUGUGGUUGAGCCAGACCAUAUUCAGAGGUUGUCUGAUCCCUUCACUCUGGUGACUAACGGCAUGUUCUCUGUGCCUAUAGAUCUUCCAGGAACUGCUUACAAUAGGGCUAUCAAAGGAGGUAAAAUGGUGAGGGAAGAGCUGAUGAAGAUUAUCAAGGAGCGGAGGAAGGAGAUGACUGAGAACAAAGAGACUGAGGGUCGAGACCUGCUGUCCAAGAUGCUGCUUGUGACUGAUGAAGAGGGGCAGCUCUUGAGUGAAAUGGAGAUCUCAAACAAUAUAAUCGGUUUGCUGGUGGCUAGCUUCGAGACCACGAGCUCUGCUGUCACAGCUGUCAUGAAUUAUCUUGCGGAACUUCCCCACAUAUACAAAGAAGUUUUGAAAGAACAAAUGGAUAUUGCAAAAUCAAAAGGCCCUGAUGAGUUACUGACCUGGCAAGAUAUUGAAAAGAUGAAGUAUUCCUGGAAUGUGGCACGGGAAUCUCUCCGGCUGACGCCCCCAGCUCAAGGAGCAUUCAGAGAAACCACAACUGAGUUCACCUAUGCAGGUUUCACCAUCCCUAAAGGAUGGAAGACAUUCUGGACUGUCCAUUCAUCACACAAGAAUCCAAAGUAUUUCCCUGAGCCUGAAAAGUUUGAUCCAUCAAGGUUUGAAGGAAGUGGACCGGCUCCUUACACAUUUGUUCCCUUUGGUGGGGGACCCCGCAUGUGUCCUGGAAAAGAGUAUGCCAGGCUGGAAGUGUUGGUCUUCAUGCACAAUGUGGUGAGAAGGUUCCGGCUCCAGAAGGCUAUCCCUAAUGAGAAGAUAGUGUUCCAUGCUUCUCCAACUCCAGUCCACGGGCUCCCGGUUCACCUCCAUCCUCAUGAGAAAUGAGGGCUACAGAAAAUGAUGUAUCCUGUUCUUGUUUUAUCUGUAUAAUAAUAAUCUGUGACAACAAAGCUAUGAAUGUAUUGUUUUUUUCAGACUG